AUAUGUACCCUCUCCUUCACAAUAUUACAAGCACCAACUUCACGGUCAUUUAGCGGUUACUUACCAGUUAAUGGGUCGCCAUAAUAAUGUUGCUUGGUUUUUAACACUCUUCCUCCUUUUGGUUUCUGAAUCUGCCAUGGCUGAGCCACCAUGUGAGAUGGCUUUUGUAUCCAUCCCUUAUUGCUUGGAGUUUCUCACCGGUUUGUAUUAUAAACCAUCAACUAAGUGCUGCAACCACAUCAACAAACUAAAUAAAAUUGCAAAACGGGGCGAGGGGAAUGUGAGGCUGUUGUGCAGUUGCAUUGAGGGCAUGGUGAGGGGAAUGCAGCCUCCAUUGCAGUUUUCUCGAAUUCAGCAGCUUCCAAACCAAUGCGAUACACAUCUCAGUUUUCCCAUUUCCGAAAACAUGGACUGUUCCAUGGUUUAAGCUGGGGGUUGAGUUGCAGUAUUUGGAAGCUCUUUUGGAUACUAAUGACGGAACUACAAAUAUUAAGUUCAUGUUCAAGCGUGGUUUGUGGUGGAAUCGUUCAAGUCUGUGAUAAAUAAUGAUGAUAUUAAAUUAAUAAAAAAGUGUAAUAGUCUGUGAUAAAUAAAUAUGAGUAAUGUUAUAUA